AUGGCGCCCUCUAUACCUGUGAGCGGAAGGCGCGGGUUGGACCUGCCAUUCGUGCUGCUGCUGGUGGCGCUGCUCUCGCUGCACCCUUUGCUGCUGGGUGCUGCCGACACCGGCCCGCAGCAGACGCCUGACAUGGCGGCGCUGCUGCAGCUGCAGGCAGCAUUGCAGUCAACGGCCCCUGGGGUGCUGUCGACGUGGGGAGGGGAGGGGAGCCCCUGUGAGAAAGCCUGGACCACUGACAUCCGCUGUGACCCCGUCACCCGCCGCGUCGUGCAUCUGGAUCUCAAGCGGGCGGGCCUCGUUGGGAACAUCCCCACCUUUGAGUUCUCUCAAUUUGAUGCUCUCACUUACCUCGAUCUGGCAGCCAACAACUUCUCCGCAUUCAACGGGCAGGCGUUCAUCGUGCAGAUGACCAGCCUGCAGCACCUGUCCCUCGCAAAGAACAACAUGAAGUGGUUCCCCACUGAUGUGGAUAUGAUCACCAGCCUCACCUUCCUCGAUCUGAGCAACAACAAGUUUGACGGUCAGAUCCCUGCAGACAUCUUCCAGCUUCGGAACCUCGAAGUGCUGUCGUUGGAGAACAACCUGUUCACAGGGAGUGUGCCUCGCGCUCUCAGCAACCUUGUCCGCCUCAAGACGCUAAACCUUGGGAAGAACGAUUUCUAUGGGCCUCUUCCCCAGUUCUUUGGUGCCAUGCACGACCUGGUCAACCUGAAGAUGGAUCUCAACCGCUUUGAAGGCACCAUCCCAGACACCUAUGCCAUCCUCAGGAACCUCCGCCGCUUGGACCUGAGUUCCAACAAGAACCUCACCGGCCCUCUUCCCAGCUUCCUGGGCGAGCUCGGUCUGCUGCAGUCACUCUCUCUGGACGACUGCGACUUCACCGGUGGGCUGCUCGAGUCCCUCUCCCGCCUGCCCUAUCUCACCGAACUGUUCCUCGAGCACAACCGCUUUGAGGGAACCAUUCCCGAGGCGUACGGGCACUUCCCGCGCAUCGUGUCUCUCUACCUCAGCAACAACCGCCUCACGGGGCGCAUUCCCGAGAGCAUGUGUGGGCUGGAAACGGCGGAGCUGCUGGUGCUGGAGAGGAAUGAGCUGACUGGUCCCGUGCCGCCUUGCAUGCUGCAGCUGCAGGGGCUACUGAUUCUGGACGUGUCAGAGAACUACCUCACGGGCACACUUCCCAGGGUCCCUCCCGGCUCGCCCAUGCAGUUUGUUCACUUGAACAACUGCUUUGAUAACGUGGUCGACAACUCCCCUUCCUGCCCAGUCGCAGCACCGGGUGGGGGGGAGGAGCAGAUAGGCGCCCCCAUCGACCAGCAAGGAGGCGGGCCCCCUGACCAGCAAGUCGGAAAUCCCCUCACCCAGCAGCCAGGGGGGGAUGUUAACCAGCAAGUCGGGGUCCCAAUUGACCGGGAAGGAGGGGGGUCUGUGAGUCAGAAUGUGGGGGUGCCACAGCAGCGACCGGGGGCCGGGAGCAUUGGGCAGCAAGUGGGGGUGCCCAUUGGUCAGCAGCUGCCGGGAGGUGUUCCUGUGCCUGGCGCCAACACCCCGCCCUGCCCUGACAUGGGCCAACUGGUGGCGCUGCAGGCAGCACUGCGCAUGGACUCCCCAGACGCCCUGCAGACGUGGGACCAGGGGUCGGACCCCUGUGACGGCACGUGGGAGACUGAAGUCAUCUGCGACCCCAUGACCGGCCACGUCAUCCGCCUUGAUCUCCGCCGGGCCAAUCUGUCAGGAGCCAUCCCUGCAGCCGAGCUGGCACAGCUGAACCGACUCACGUACCUUGACCUUGGCGGUAACGAGUUCUCAUCCUUCAUUCAGCAGGAUUUUCUGGAGAGACUCACGCGCUUGGAGCACCUCUCCCUGGCAGACAAUCAGCUGCAAUGGUUCCCAACCUUCAUCAAUGCUCUCACCAGGCUGACUUCGCUGGAUCUAAGCACCAACAAAUUCACAGGCGAUUUCCCCGAAGAUGUGCUUGUGAUGCCCAACCUGCUGUACCUCAAGUUGGAAGAGAAUCACUUCUCUGGCAGCGUUCCUGAUACCAUCACUGCCCUCAGCAAGCUCCGAUCCAUCACCCUGGCCAACAACAACUUCACAGGCCUUCUGCCUGAGUCGUUUGCGCAGCUCACGUCGCUACAGGCCAUCAACCUUGCAGGGAAUCAAUUCGCCGGCCCUCUGCCUGCGAGCUACGCUGGUCUCACCAACAUGGUCUUCUUCAAGGUGGCCACGAAUGCUCUUGAGGGGGGCAUUCCGGACUGGCUGGGCUCGUGGCCUCGACUCAACCACUUGUCGCUGUUCCACAACAGGUUCACAGGACCCAUCCCCGACUCUCUUGGCAAUGCCAAGAAUCUUGCCACCUUGGUGCUGGACGAGAAUCGUUUGACCGGAUCCCUGCCUGACACCCUCAGCGCGCUCACCAAUCUGGAGGCAUUCUACGCAGUGGGCAAUCAACUCGAAGGCACCGUUCCGGACUCCUACUCCAACCUGCAGAAGCUGCGAUACAUCGAUCUGAGCUUCAACACCAAGAUCACCGGUGCCCUGCCCGAGUUCCUGAGUGGCAUUCUGUCCCUCGAGUCAAUUGCUUUCGAGGAGUGUGAUUUCUCAGGAUCUCUCCCAGUGGGCUAUGCCAAGCUACCUGCACUCGCAGAGCUCUAUCUCGACCGCAACAGCCUGGAAGGUUCCAUCCCGGGCCUGUACGGCGACAUGCCAAACCUGGCCACGCUCUACCUCAGCAGCAACCGGCUCUCGGGGGAGAUUCCUGGAAGCUUCUGUCGGCUGGGGAAGGCCAAGACGAUUGUGCUGGCACGGAACGAGCUGAGGGGGGCCAUUCCGGAUUGCAUCAUCAGCAACCUCAAGGAGCUGCGCCUGCUAGACGUCUCUGACAACUAUCUCACCGGCCCUGUGCCUGCCGUCCCAGCGGGCGGCCCUCUGCAGUUCGACUUCUCGAGCAACUGCCUGGCAACAGCAGAGGGCGCGCAGAGGAACCGCUGCCCCUCCUCGCCCGUCGCCCCCACCCAGCCUCCUCCGGACGAAGCAGCUCCCAGGCAGCCCGGAGGGACAGAGCCCACUCCUGCCGAGACCACUGUCGACCCCUCUGCCUCCUCGGCUCUGCCCUCGCCUGACGCUGUUGCACUGAUGGAGAUGCUGGCAGGGCUGAGGGCAGCAGCAGGGACAGACGUGCUGCCCUCAUGGAGGCAAGACUCUGACCCCUGCGACGGCUCCUGGGCCACUUCCAUCAAGUGUGACAACCGCACACGCCAAGUCGUGCACCUUGAUCUCCGUCAUGCCGACCUUGUGGGGGACAUUCCUUGCUUCGGUCUCUCCCAGCUCAACGCCCUCACAUACCUUGACCUUGGCUCCAACAACUUCACCUUCUUCCGCCAGGCAGCGUUCUGCCAGCAGAUGACCAACUUGCAGCAUGUUUCACUGGCAGAGAAUCAGAUCAAGUACUGGCCUGAGACUGUUGUUGGUUACUGGCCUCAGCUCACAUUCCUGAGCCUGGCAGCGAACCUCCUCGCUGGCCCCAUUCCAGAGGACAUCGGCGACCAGCUCUCCACCACCCUGGUGCACCU